UAUAGCAUCCAUCGGACUCUUGCUAGGCUGCGCCGUCCUUCUUCUUCCCUUCGCUUUUAGACUAUUAUAGCUCACUUUUAAGACUAGUUUGGCCUAGGUUUUAAGUCCUUUUUUUAUAGAUAAGUCACAGCAUGCCAGCCAGGACUUCCUUGUCGUUGCCAGAGGAUGUCAGGAAAAGGCUGCAAGUGCUGGACGAUGGCAGCUCUUCAGACGAGGAUCACGUGAAGGAGAAGCUGAAGCUGGUGCAAGACUUCCUGCAUGCCGACGCUCAGGACGUGCUCGCCAGCCUGGAGGAAAAGAUGAAGAACUCCGAAAUUUCAAUGGACGACUACGUCUCUAAGGUGAAAGCCCUGCUGGGCAAAGAGCUCCGCUUGGAAAACGGCGAGCCCAAAGGAAAAACCAACGGCCACGCCAACGGCUCCCACAAAGAGGAGGACGAAGGCGACGCCGCCAUGGACGUGGAGGAGGACGUCAAGUCGCCCAGCGCUCGAGGGAAAGGUGGCCGGAGGAGCAAAGCUGACAACAAAAAGUCUCCGGCCAGCUCCAGGGUGACGAGAAGUGGCGGCAACCAACCGACCAUCCUGUCCAUGUUCUCCAAAGUUCAGAAGCGUAAGUCAGAAGACCUGAAUGGCGUAGAAGAAGCCGCCAACGGACAAAGUGAAGUAAAACCAGAUGAAGUCGCUGAGGUGUCUCAGGAGGAGAAGCGUCUCAAAGUGGAGUCUGAUGAGCAGUCUUCUCCUGAAGAAGCCAAAACUGAGAGCAAGACAGUUGCUGCUGCAAAGACUCCGCCUCCAAAAUGCCCAGAUUGCAGGCAAUAUUUGGACGACUCAGACCUGAAGUUCUUUCAAGGGGAUCCCGAUAAUGCGCUGGAUGAGCCGGAGAUGCUGACGGACGAGCGACUCUCUCUUUUUGACGCCAACGAGGACGGCUUCGAGAGCUACGAGGAUCUUCCACAGCACAGGAUCACAAACUUUAGUGUGUACGACAAGCGCGGCCAUCUUUGUCCGUUUGACGCCGGUCUGAUUGAGAAGAACGUGGAGCUCUACUUCAGCUGUGCUGUCAAACCCAUCUACGACGACAACCCCUGCAUGGACGGUGGCGUUCCUGCAAAGAAACUUGGCCCCAUCAAUGCCUGGUGGAUUACUGGAUUUGACGGUGGAGAAAAAGCUCUAAUCGGUUUCACGACAGCGUUUGCCGAGUACAUCCUGAUGCAUCCCAGCGAGGAGUAUUCGCCCAUCUUUGCCUUGAUGCAGGAGAAGAUCUACAUGAGCAAAAUCGUGGUGGAGUUCCUUCAGAAGAACCCGGACGUUUCUUACGAGGACCUUCUCAACAAGAUUGAGACCACAGUGCCCCCUUGUGGGCUCAACUUCAACUGCUUCACCGAGGACACGCUGCUGCGCCACGCCCAGUUCGUGGUGGAGCAGGUGGAGAGCUACGACGAGGCGGGCGACUCGGACGAGCAGCCCAUCAUUGUCACGCCGUGCAUGCGCGACCUCAUUAAGCUGGCGGGCGUCACGCUGGGCAAGAGGCGAGCUGCCCGGCGACAGGCCAUCCGCCAUCCAACCAAAAUCGAGAAGGACAGCAAGGGUCCGACCAAAGCCACCACGACCAAGCUGGUCUCCCAGAUCUUCGACGCCUUCUUCUCGGAGCAGAUUGAGCAGGACGACAAGGAGAGCGGCGGCAUCAAACGUCAGCGGUGCGGCGUCUGUGAGGUUUGUUUGUCUGCGGAUUGCGGCAAGUGUACCGCCUGCAAGGACAUGAUCAAAUUUGGAGGAAGUGGCAAAAGCAAGCAGGCGUGCAAGAAAAGAAGAUGUCCUAAUCUGGCAGUCAAGGAGGCUGAGGACGACGAGAACAUCGAGGAGGAAGACCUGCCUGUGGAGAAGAGCAAGAAGACGUCUCAGGUGAAGCGGAAGAAGCAAACUCAGUGCAAGCUGACGUGGAUCGGCGAGCCUGUCAAGUGCGAGGGCAAGAAGCAGUUCUACAAGAAGGUGUGUGUGAACGACGAAGCGCUGGAACUUGGGGAUUGUGUCUCCGUGUCUUCAGAGGACGCGUCCUCGCCUUUGUACCUGGCAAGGAUCACAGCGCUGUGGGAGGACAACAACGGCCAGAUGUUCCACGCCCACUGGUUCCACCGCGGCACUCAAACCGUGCUGGGCGAGUCCUCGGACCCCCUGGAGCUGGUGGUGGUGGACGAGUGCGAGGACAUGUCCCUCAGCUACGUGCAGGGCAAAGUCAACGUGAUGUACAAGGCGCCGUCCAACAACUGGUUCAUGGAGGGCGGCGUGGACAUGGACGUCAAGGUGAUCGAAGACGACGGGAAGAGUUUCUUCUAUCAGUUCUGGUACGACACGGACAUCGCCCGCUUCGAGACGCCGCCCGAGACCACGCCGUCGGAGGACUGCAAGUUCAGCUUCUGCAGCAGCUGUGUAAGGAUUAAAGAUCGCGAGGAGCGAGCGACGCCUCGUGCCUUUGAGCCUCUGGAUGACGAGCACGACUCCAAGGUGUUCUACGCUUUGGCCUGCUUUAAAGGAGAACAGUUCCGGGUGGGAGACGGCGUCUACAUGCCCCCCGAGGCGUUCAACUUCAGUGUGAAAGCAGCCAGUCCGGUCAAGCGCUCCCACAGAAAAGAGGACGUGGACGAGGAUUUGUAUCCGGAGUACUACAGGAAGUCCUCAGACUACAUCAAGGGCUCCAACCUGAACGCCCCAGACCCGUUCCGCAUCGGGCGCAUCAAGGAGAUCUUCUGUCACCGACGUAGCAACGGCAAAGCGGACGCGUCGGAGGUCAAACUGCGACUGCACAAGUUUUACAGGCCUGAGAACACACACAAGGGAGUGAAGGCCAGCUACCACACGGACAUCAAUCAGCUCUACUGGAGUGACGAGGAGGUCACUGUCAGCAUGUCGGAGGUGCUCGGACAAUGUCGGGUGGAAUACGGCGAAGACCUCAACCAGACGGUCCAAGAGUAUUCUAGCGGAGGACCUGACUGCUUUUAUUUCUUGGAGGCUUAUAACGCCAAAUCUAAGAGCUUCGAGGAUCCUCCCAACCACGCUCGCUCAGCUAUGCGCAAAGGAAAGGGCAAAGGGAAAGGUAAAGGCAAAGGGAAGUCCGCAGCUGCUCAGGAAACGUCCGAGCACCCCACUGAGCCUCAGCCGCCCAAAGUUCCAAAGUACCGCACGCUGGACGUCUUCUCGGGCUGUGGAGGACUUUCCGAAGGCUUCCACCAGGCUGGUGUUUCCGACACGGAGUGGGCCAUCGAGAUGUGGGAGCCGGCGGCGCAGGCCUUCAGGCUCAACAACCCCGGCACCACGGUCUUCACCGAGGACUGCAACGUCCUGCUCAAGCUGGUCAUGUCGGGCGAGAAGACCAACUCUCUGGGCCAGAAGCUGCCGCAGAAAGGCGACGUGGAAAUGCUGUGCGGAGGACCGCCCUGCCAAGGCUUCAGUGGCAUGAACCGCUUCAACUCCCGCACCUACUCCAAGUUCAAGAACUCUCUGGUGGUCUCCUACCUCAGUUACUGUGACUAUUACAGGCCAAAGUUCUUCCUGCUGGAGAACGUGAGGAACUUUGUGUCCUUCAAAAGUUCAAUGGUUCUCAAAUUGACCCUGCGCUGUCUUGUCAGGAUGGGUUACCAGUGCACCUUCGGAGUCCUGCAGGCUGGUCAGUACGGCGUGGCCCAGACUCGCCGCAGGGCCAUCAUCCUGGCCGCCGCUCCCGGCGAGAAGCUGCCGCUUUACCCCGAGCCGCUCCACGUCUUUGCUCCCAGAGCCGUGUCCCUCAGCGUGGUGGUGGACGAGAAGAGAUACGUCAGUAACGUCACGCGAAGCAACGGCGGCAUCUACAGAACCAUCACGGUCCGAGACACCAUGUCCGACCUGCCGGAGAUCCGCAACGGGGCCGCCGCCCUGGAGAUCUCGUACAACGGGGAGCCUCAGUCCUGGUUCCAGAGGCAGAUCCGGGGCACGCAGUACCAGCCCAUCCUCAAGGAUCACAUCUGCAAGGACAUGAGCGCCCUGGUGGAGGGCCGCAUGCGACACAUCCCCCUGGCCCCCGGCUCCGACUGGAGGGACCUGCCCAACCUGGAGGUGCGCGUGAAGGACGGCACCAUGACCAAGAAGCUGCGCUACUCGCACGCCGACAAGAAAAACGGGCGCAGCAGCACGGGCGCGCUCAGGGGCGUCUGCACUUGUGCCGGAGGGAAACCGUGCGACCCGGCGGACAGGCAGUUCAACACGCUGAUCCCCUGGUGUCUGCCGCACACGGGCAACCGCCACAACCACUGGGCGGGGCUCUACGGCCGGCUGGAGUGGGACGGCUUCUUCAGCACCACCGUCACCAACCCGGAGCCCAUGGGGAAGCAGGGUCGUGUCCUCCACCCUGAGCAGCAUCGAGUAGUGAGUGUGAGAGAGUGUGCGCGCUCUCAGGGCUUCCCCGACACGUAUCGCUUCUUUGGCAACGUCCUGGACAAGCACAGACAGGUGGGCAACGCCGUGCCUCCUCCCCUCUCUCGAGCCAUCGGACUGGAGAUCAAGAAGUGUGUGGUUGAAAGGAUGAAGGAAAAACAAACGGCAGACAACAUCAAGCAAGAGAAGAUGGAAGUGUCAGACUGACUUGUCUUCGAACUCUUCUCAUCUUUUUUUUUUACUUUUCAAUGUGCUUUUAAUCUUGUUAAAUUGUACGUAGUUUUAUAUGUAAUAUUUCAAAUAAAGCUCUUAUGAAAUGGA